AUGAAAAAAGGAAGUAGAGAAAAUAGCAUAGAACAUUUAAAUAAAGAAAAAGAAUAUAAUUUAAUUGAUUAUGAUGAAAGUAGUGAAAUUAAAAGCAUACCUGAACCAGAUUUUAAUUCUAAUAUGGUUUAUUUAAAUAUUUAUGAUUUAGAUUCGGUUUCAAAAGUUGUUAAUAUGGUAGCUAGAUCAAUGGGAGCAGGUGCUUUUCAUGCGGGCGUAGAAGUAUAUGGAUAUGAAUAUUCAUUUGGUUAUAUAGUAGAUGGUGAAACAGGUGUGACAAAAACUAAUGCUCGUUUUCAUCCAUAUCACGUAUAUCGUGAAAGUAUCCCUAUGGGUAAAACUCCACUAACUAAAGAGGAAGUUGAUCUUUUAGUAGAAGUGAUGAAGUUACAGUGGAUAGGUGAUACAUAUGAUAUAUUAUCAAGAAAUUGCUUAAAUUAUGCCGAUUAUUUCUGUAAUCUAUUGGAUGUUGGUAGCAUACCUGAAUGGGUUAUGAGCUUACAAAAAAAAGUUACUUGGGUAAAAACAAAUAUAAAUGUUGCGGCUACUAAAAUAAAAGAACUAAAUAAAGCUUCUGGAAUACCAAAUAUUGUAAAAUAUUUAAAGAAAAAAUACAAAGAAAAUAGUGAUUAUGAAGGGUAA